UGAGCAUAGACCCGUACUUGGCGAGCGUCCGUCUAUUGAUUUUAUUUUAUAAAUCAAUAAAAAUGAAUAACAAGUAACUAAUCAUUUAAAUAGAAAUUUGAGUCAUUUAAAAAUAAUAUGAUGACGUUUGUAAACAGAACUAUUUGGUGUUUUUUGUUCGUAAGUGUCAUUGAGUGCAGUGAAAUCAAUCUCUUGAAUUCUUCAAAAGUGAACGCUCUCUCGAUUGAACAUAAUCACACGCGGCGAUUACUUGAAUUGUGUUUUUCCAAUCGACUCAAUCCUGUGGCUAUAACUAAAGACUUGGCUGAUAUUGUUUAUGGAAUGCCAGACAAUAAAGAAGGUAACAUUUCUGUUAUCACAAUAGAUGCCAAAUUAAACUGGGCGACGGACAAAUAUGAUUCAAAUUCUAUUGUGUUUCCAUCUUUCCCGACUGUUGUUUUGUCAGCCGAUUCACUUAAAGGCGAGUGCUUCGAAGGUUUCUCGUUGAAGUGUUUAUCACAUGGAAUCAUUUUCAUCAAAGAUCAUCUCAGGGCAUUGAAUUAUUUGAGCAGCACGACAACAUUUUUGGUCACUGGAAACCAGUGCAGCGAUGCAUGGAAAGCGUUGAGAUGGCUUUGGAAACAACAAAUUUCUACAUCAUAUUUCUUAUGCCCCAACGAAUUUGACAACAAUACGAUGAUCUACACCAUGAAUCCUUUCGGAGAUCGAGCCCCUGAACCCUGGGAGAAAGUUGAAACUCUAGACAAACCAUGUGAUGUAUGCACAUUCUACAAAAUGUCGUUUAUUAACGACGCUGAAAUUUGUUCAAGUGUAACUUUUGAUAAAGCAAAGUUCUUAAACGGAUACAAACUUUCCGAAUUGUUUACUGGAAAUAAGCAUUUACUAAAAACGAAAAUUUUCUAUAAAAAUUUAUGGUCAGCUAUGAACAUUACUCCUGUUGAUUUCCUUAGCGAGGCGUUGCCCGGACAUUUACAAAUAUCUACUAGCGAUCCAUUGCCAUCUGACUAUUUAAUUGACAGAACAUACAACAUUAUCCCAUACUUCGAGCAAGGGGGAUACGUUAUAGUGACACAAAAACAAAGUUUUGUACCAACUCUCAAUCAAGUUAUCGACAGUUUUUUUACUCGGGAAAGAAUAGUCAUGUCAUCAGUUAUUCUAUCAGUUCUUUUUUUAAUGAUGUUUUUCAACAACCGGUACGAUUUCGGUGCGACCGUUUCAGAUCUCUUAGCGUUCCUUCUCGACUUGGGAAUAUCGACUCCAAUUCUUCGACUCUCAAUGCGUAUCACUUUCAUGAGCGCAACGUUAUUCGCAUUGAUUUUUAAUCCGGUGUUACAGGGGCAAGUGACUUCUCUGUUAAGUAGACCGGGACAUAGAAAUGUCCAAAGUUUGCGGGACUUGCGUGAUCAUAAUUAUCACGUCUACUUUACCUUUGUCGACAUCCAAUUCGAAUUACGUGACAGUCAACUAUGGGAUAAUGAUUCUUCUGCCUACUAUUGGCAUUGGUUAUUACAAGACUUCGAUCAAGAUGCUUGUCUGACAAAUGUAAGGAAUGAUUCCUCUGCUGCUUGUAUAUUAGACUAUACCAGACUCGAAAAAAUUGACGAGAAUUUACACUAUUCUAAGGAAUUUUCCAUUAAAUAUCACGUUUUACAGACUGAGAGACAUUUCCCAUUAAAUGAAAAAAUCAAUAAGAUUGCACUUAAAUUGUUCGAAACCGGUCAUUUAAGUUAUGCUGAAAGACGUGAAUUUCAUAAAAUUUUGUUGGAACGAAAACGCAAAAUUGAAAGAAUCAAGGCAUUAAUAAACUCUAAUCAACUAGAUCUCGAGGAUUUCGAAUUGAUGUACAUUGCGAUGACACUCGCGACGGCGUGGGCGAUCAUCAUUUUUGGUAUCGAAGUUUUAAUUAAAAAAAUAUCAAAUUUCUUAGAUAAACGUGCGAAAGAGUCGGAGAUGAGAAAAUUGAUGAUAAGAGAGACUAUCGCGUCUACCGUUAGACGAAUCGCCAUUAUCACUCAACAAUUGUAAUUCCCCCUAAAAUAUCGCGUGAGUUUAUUUGCAACGACAUAUUUACUUUUUAUUUGGCGUUCCGUGUUGAUAGCUUCAAAAUGUAUUCGCGCACUUAUAUUAAUACUGUCCAAUUCUAGUACCAACUUUUAAGUUUUAAUUCUCAUUAAAGAAUCGAUGAUUUAUAAUCUGCUACAUCAAAAAAAUCAAUCGUAUCUUUUAACUAAAAUCAAAUUUGCUUUACCUAUAGGUUAAAUUCUGAAAAAUGUCUAUUAUAAUGGAUUUUUUCUAAACAAAUAAUAGGUCUUUUGUGUGGUGAUGAUUUCCGGGAAAAAAUGAUAAAGAUCUAUGUAGAUCUAAAAUUUGGAAUGGACCCGUAUGAAAAAACCAUAUACUGUCGAUAAUAUAUAAAAAAAUAUAUGGUAAAUAACUGAACAUAUAUGGCGGCAAAAUUAUUAAUAUUGAUAAAUAUAUAAUUUUUCUGCCCUCCGGCCGGAAAGUGGCAACUUUCGGGCCGCUGCCCUAAACGAAGUUGCAACUUUCCAGCUUCGUCGAGCAGAAAAAUAGUAUACGCACCUUGGCCAGUAAAAAAGAAAGCCUCAGACCACAUGUUUGUCAGCCUCGGCUUCGCCUCGGCCAACAAUUACAUGUGCUCUGAGACUUUUCUUAUUUUACUGGCCUAGGUAUGUAAUAUACUAUAUCAUAUAUAAUAAUGUAUACGUUUAAUAUUAUAAUAAUCCAUAUCAUUUAUACUAUAUGUGAUUAUAUACAUGUGAUAUUAUAUCAAAGAUUAUA